AUGAAAAUUGGUUGUCCUGAACCAUCAGUCCCAGAGUUCAAGUCCUGUGGUCAACAACUGCAACUUGCUAGUCCCCAUCAGCUCAGCUCUACAAUGCUAGGCCUACCCAUCAUAGUCAAGUUGACCCUAGUAUGCACCCUGCUGUCCAAGUGCUUGGGUGUGCUUGCUCCUCCACCUGUACACUCACCGGAUGACCUGCUACUUACUGGCCAAUGCUGGGAAUGUUUUGAGAGGUCUGGCCACCUGUGGGAGGGUCCGUUUCCAAAUUCUAUGAUCCUCACCUGGGAAGAUGAUGAGUACCCUUGUAGAAAGUUGAGUUUGGAUGAAAGAUGCAACCAGAAAGUUAAACUCAAGCAAUACUACUGUUCACUAUGUGGGCGCUACGCACACUUCAAUCUGGGAGGGUGUUCAGUCCACCGCCCUGUCACUCGUUACCUUGCAGGAGACCCCCCUGAAUUGGAAGUACCAUUACCAGGAGACCCCCCUGAAUCACAAGUAAAAAUACUCCCAGCCCUCCUGCCUUGA